AUGGAGCAUGACUAUCGGUCGGCCUCGAAGAGAUUCUGGCAAACCAUCCGGCGCCUCAGGAGGGGGAAGCAGUUCUUUGCCAACACCAUGUACGGUGCGGGUGGAGAGCUGCUAACCUCGACUGGGGAUAUUGUCGGACGGUGGAAGGAAUACUUUGAGGUUCUCCUCAAUCCCCCCGUCACGUCCUCUGUUUCAGAGGCAGAGGCUGAGGAUGUUGGGGCGGAUACAUCCAUCUCCCUGGCUGAGGUCACCAAGGUGGUUGGUAGCCUCCAUGGUGGCAAGGCUCCGGGUGUGGAUGAGAUCCGCCCUGAUUAUCUAAAGUCUCUGGAUGUUGUAGGACUGUCUUGGGCUGACACGUCUCUGCAACAUCGCGUGGCGAUCGGGGGCAGUGCCAAUGGAGUGGCAGACCGGGGUGGUGGUCCCUCUCUACAAGAAGGGGGACCGGAGGGUGUGUUCCAAUUACCGUGGGAUCACACUCCUCAGCCUCCCCGGUAA